CAGAAUUCUGAGGAAAGCGAGGGGGCUGCGGGGCACGAGGAGCAUGAGGCUGCUGAGGAGGAAGCUGCCAGCGAAGGGGAGCAGAAGGAGGGAGAAGAAUCGCAAGGAGAGGAGGAGAAUGCUGAGGGGGAGGAGGACGAGGAGGAGAAGCAGCCACAAACCUUUGCGCAAGCUGCAGAGGCGCACUUGCACCAAGGCGAGAGGAGUUGGGAUGGAUCCCCUAGCCACUGGAACAGCGCGGAAGGAGAAGGCGAUGGGAGUUGGCCGCUCAGCACGUCUCCUCACGACGAUCGCAACCGAACCUUCGAGCAGGAGAACCUUCCUCUGUUCUCAGCUUCCCACGUCACCAAUCACACGCUGCAGCAGAUGCCUCUCUAUGAACCUGUGAACUACCACCUCGAGAACGAGCCCGACUACUAUCCGACUACUCACCUCGACCUGUCCGACUUCCCUCCCGCCCCAACGGGAGGAGAAUGGAAUGACAAGAUCAAGAUGGACCCCUCUUCUAGCGUGCAUGACCAACAUCCUCUUCCUGGGGUCCUUGUGGACAGCUGGUUCGGCUCCACGAUCAACAACGAGGUGGAGAAGUCACAUCUCCCUGCCAUCGAGUCGGAUCAGCCCAUGAACGAGGGGGUUGGAACUGGUUAUCUUUUUGGAAGGGAUGGCGGGAGGAUCACCGACGACUCGAUCGUUCCUGUCCACCAAGUGCAGCGAGCGACCUACCCGAUGAACAUUCGACCCAAAGACUCCCUGACACAAUAACAGCUGUAAAUUCCUCCAAUACACUAGCAACAUCGC